AUGUACAACGGAAUUGGAUUGCAGACGGCGCGUGGCAGUGGCACAAAUGGUUAUGUGCAGCGCAACUUAUCCCAUUUGCGACCGCGCGAUCCGCUGCCGGCAGGGCGUGAGAAAGAGGCGCCUCCACGACACACACAACCUGAUGCCCAGAUUGUAGCGCAUGAGCAACGGCGCAAAAUUGAAAUCCAGUGCAUUGAACUGCAAGAUGAGCUGGAAGAGAAAGGACUUCCUGAGGACGAGAUUCAGCAACGGGUGGCGUCGCUUCGCCAAUCUUUACGUGCGCGAUUAGAGGCAGCGCCCAAUCGAUUUGCCAAGCCGACACAUGCCGAGGCGAAGCAGCUUCGUCCCUCAGAUACCCAUAUGCGCGGCGCAGCGAAGGAAGUGGAGUCGCAAAAGAUGCAGAGAGCUUUACGUAUCCGUCCCGACUAUGAAGAAGGCCAAGCCUUCGAUCAUGAACUACAAGAGCAGCGCAGGAUGCAGCGUAUAGAGGAACGUGAGCAGCGCCGCGAAGAAACACGAAGGCUACGUGAGGAGCGAGCUUCUCGCCUGGCUGAGGACGAGCGGAGCGCACGCCGGCAACGUAAACAGCCUGGCAUUUUGUGUCUGUUUGAUGUCGAUGGCACACUCACGCCGGCUCGUCAGCAGGUAUCGGAUGCCAUGCUGGAGACCCUCAGGGCACUGCGCGAGCAGGUCGUGAUCGGCUUCGUGGGCGGGAGUGAUUUGUCGAAGAUUCGUGAACAGCUUCAGCUGCCGGGGCACCCUGAUAUUACGAUGCAGUUUGAUUACGGCUUUGCCGAGAACGGUUUGACGGCCUACCGUAUGGGUGAGCAGCUGCCGAGCCAGUCGUUUAUCAACUGGCUGGGCGAGGAAAAGUACAAGAAAUUUGUCAAGUUUGCACUGGCAUACAUUGCCAAGCUGGAUGUCCCUGUGAUGCGUGGUACGUUUGUGGAGUUUCGCCGCGGGAUGGUCAACAUCAGCCCGAUCGGCCGCAAUGCGAGCAUCCAGGAGCGUCACGAAUUCGAAGUGUAUGACAAAGAGCACAGUAUCCGUGCUAAGUUUGUCGAUGCGCUGAAGAGCGAAUUCCCUGACUAUGGACUUACCUACAGUAUCGGUGGGCAGAUCAGCUUCGAUGUGUUCCCUGCUGGCUGGGACAAGACGUAUGCGCUGAACCACGUCAACGAAAAAGGCAUCUCCUUGCAGGAUGGCUGGAAGGAAAUCCAUUUCUUCGGCGACAAGACGUUCCCUGGUGGUAACGACUACGAAAUCUUUACGCAUCCCGGUGUGAUUGGUCACACAGUGACCAGCCCCGAAGACACGAUGCAGCAGCUUCGCACCCUCUUCCUCCACUAA